GUUUACAUGAUCGUACCGCGUGGUACGUCGGGGCCCCUCCCCCUCGCCUCGCAGCGUGAUGGCGUCACUCCAACGUAAGCUGUCGGGCUGGAGAAUUCGCGGCGAUGGCGACGACGACGACUCGGAGCUGGAAGGGGAUGCCGUGAAGCUAGCGUCGGCUCGGAUAUGACUAAUGCUCGUUUGGUGGAGAUUCGCUUGCUGUUGUGUUACUGCAUGGGCUUCGGAUGACUGUUUCGCUUCGUACUCGACGUCGCUCCGUUCUCUGAUGUUCUUGUCUUACCUCAAGUUUCCAAACGGGAUCAUCCUUGAUUAGUGAUUGUUUGUGACUGAUCUCGAUCAGCAUCUGUUGUUGGGUGACCCACACUCCUUCCCGGGGGCCAUGGAGGAGGAGGGGCAGCAGAGUCUGGAGUGCAUCCAGGCCAAUCAGAUCUUCCCCAAGAAGUCCCCUGUGCUGGAAGAAGAAAACAUGCAGGUGCCCUUUCCUGAGCUUCAUGGAGAGUUCACAGAGUACGUGGGCAGAGCAGAAGAAGCCAUCAUUGCAAUGUCAAACUACCGCUUACACAUAAAGUUCAAAGAGUCUGUUGUUAAUGUCCCUCUGCAGCUGAUCGAGAGCGUGGAGUGUCGGGACAUGUUUCAGCUUCACGUCACCUGCAAAGACUGUAAAGUUGUCAGGGGUCAGUUCUCCACCUUUGAGCAGUGUCAGGAGUGGCUCAAACGCCUGAACGCAGUGGUGCACCCUCCCUCUCGCCUGGAGGAUCUCUUCUCCUUCGCGUUCCACGCUUGGUGCAUGGAGGUGUACGCCGGGGAGAAGGAGCAGCACGGGGAGCUGUGCAGACCAGGUGAACAUGUGACCUCCUGGUUCAAGAAUGAGGUGGAAAGGAUGGGCUUUGACACUCAGAAUGCCUGGAGGAUAUCAGACAUCAACAGCAAGUUCAGGCUGUGUCCCAGCUAUCCACAGCAGCUCCUGGUGCCCGCCUGGAUCACUGACAAGGAGCUAGAAAACGUGGCGGCCUUCCGAUCUUGGAAGAGGUUUCCUGCUGUAGUUUAUAGACAUUUGAGCACAGGAGCCGUUAUCGCCCGCUGCGGUCAGCCGGAGGUCAGCUGGUGGGGCUGGAGGAACGCUGACGAUGAGCAUCUAGUUCAGUCCAUUGCCAAGGCCUGCGCCGUGGACAGCAGCUCCCGGAAAAACCUUCCCAACGGCACCUACACCAACGGCUCCGACCUGCCUGACACAGACUUUGAAUCCUCCAUGACCAAAAGCUCCGAGGUAGAAACGUUAGCCAUCCAUCCCCACAAGCUGUUAAUCCUGGAUGCACGGUCUUAUGCUGCAGCCGUAGCUAACAGAGCGAAGGGGGGCGGCUGCGAAUGUCCCGAGUACUAUCCCAACUGUGAGGUGGUGUUCAUGGGAAUGGCCAACAUCCACUCCAUCCGCAAGAGUUUCCAGUCUCUGCGGUUCCUCUGCACUCAGAUGCCUGAUCCCGCCAACUGGCUGUCGGCUCUUGAGAGCACCAAGUGGCUGCAGCACCUGUCUCUGCUGCUGAAGGCAGCCCUGCUGGUUGUGAAUGCGGUGGACCGAGACCACAGGCCCGUCUUGGUCCAUUGUUCUGAUGGCUGGGACCGAACGCCCCAGAUCGUCGCUCUGUCCAAGCUGCUUCUGGAUCCUUAUUACCGCACCAUAGAGGGCUUUCAGGUUUUGGUGGAAACGGAGUGGCUGGAAUUUGGCCAUAAGUUUGCUGACCGCUGUGGCCACGGGGAGAACUCUGACGACGUGAAUGAGCGCUGCCCCGUCUUUCUGCAGUGGCUGGACUGUGUCCAUCAGCUGCAGAGGCAGUUCCCAUGCUCCUUUGAGUUCAACGAGGCCUUUCUGGUGAAGCUGGUGCAGCACACCUACUCCUGUUUGUUCGGCACCUUCCUGUGCAACAGCGGCAAAGAGCGGGAGGACCGCCACGUUCAGGAGAGGACCUGCUCCGUGUGGUCGCUGCUCCGACCAGCUAACCGCACACUGAGGAACAUGCUGUACUCCUCCCACUCUGAGACCGUUCUCCACCCUGUGUGUCACGUCCGUAACCUCAUGCUUUGGACUGCGGUCUACUUGCCCAGCUCCUCCCCCACUACCCCCACUGACGACUCCUGCGCCCCCUACCCCGUGCCUGGUGCCAACCCGGAGGAUGCGCCUCUGGGCAGGCGAACGAAAACUCGCUCUUUUGACAACCUGCCCAGCGCCUGCGAGCUGGGAAGCUCGCUGGCUCCCAAUCGGCGCUCCAGUGACCCGAACCUCAACGAGAAGUGGCAGGACCACCGGCGCUCUCUGGAGCUCAAUGUUGCAGCAGGACCUGAGGAGGGGGGGGACCAGAACCAGGAGGUCCGGCCGAAUGGACAAGGUCCACAUCCGGAGGGAGCGGACUCUGAACCGGACAACAGCCCGCAAUCCCAAGACUCUCAAGCUGCCGUCUGUCAGGAAGCCUCUGCGAACGAAGUAGGGGGGGACGGGAAGGAGGCGGAGCUCUCUGUGGCAGUGGGAGUGGCUGAGGGCCAAAUGGAGAAUAUUCUCCAGGAAGCCACAAAGGAGGAAAUGGGAGCAGAUGCUCCAAAAGAAGGAGGUGAUGCUGUGGCUGCUGCUGUGUCUGAUUUGAAGUUGGAGGAGAGGCUGGAGCAGGAGCAUCUGGAUACAGUGAUCCACAGACAGAUACUGGUAAAUGGUUACCAUCCUGAAGAUAAGGAUGAGGAAGAUGCUGACUCUGCUCUUCCAGCUCCUCAGGAGAAGGAAGCGGAUGAGCCGGAGGCCCUGAUGAAGCAGGAUCUCCAGAGCUCUUCCGAUCACGAUGAACUUGAAGAGAGGUGUUCAGGUGAGCCGGAGCAGCCGGACGCCCAAAGAGUGGUAGCCAACGGCUCUGUGGGCAGCUCAGCAGAAGACGCAAGCAUAGACGAUUCCUGUCCGGACCUUGAUCAAUGCGUCUCUAGGCAGGUUGAGACGUUGGACAAGAGAGCCUCGCUGAUGGAAAGCUCCACAGAGACUUUAACUGAAGAAGCCUGUGGUAGACAGGACCUUCCAGCACAAGGUCCUGAUAGUAUGAACCUCCAACCCUGCAGUGAUGACAGGAGCCCACCUCCCUGCUCCAGAAAAGAGCACGGCUUCAGCAGAACUUUAAAUGGGGGCGGUAAGCAAACCUCUGUCAGUGCCUUUCUGUCUGCAAGUGCUGACCUCAGCAGGAACGGCCUGAGUAAUGGCGACUGCUCUGAUGGAGACCCCAACGGGGCUCCUCACUCAGCCAAAGGAAGCGGGGAGCGGGCCCCUCUUAGUCGGCAGGUAUCUCAAGCAAGCUGCAACUCUCUGAUCCUCCACCCGCGGGGCAGCUGCUCUCAGCACCGCUGGUGCCACACCGUGCUGAGCCGGGCCACCACCAGCCCGGAGCAGCCGUCCCGCAGUCACCUGGACGACGACGGGCUCACCCUGCACACCGACGCCAUCCAGCAAAGACUGAGGCAGAUUGAAGCGGGUCACCAGAUGGAGGUGGAGACUCUGAAGAAGCAGGUGCAGGAGCUGUGGAGCCGCCUGGAGAAUCAGCAGCACGCCGGCUGCCACAGAAUCAACGGAGACGUAGGAGAUGAGCUGACCUCAAUGACAGACUCCGAGUACAACCUUGAUGCAAACUGCUUGUCGCGCUGCAGCACGGAGCUCUUCUCUGAGGCCAGCUGGGAGCAGGUGGACAAGCAGGACACUGAGGUCACGCGCUGGUACCCCGAUCAUUUGGCUGCCCAGUGUUACGGCUGUGAGAGCAGGUUCUGGCUCGCUACCAGGAAGCAUCAUUGUAGUGGCAGGGAGCCUGUCCAGGAGGUCUGGAACUGCGGUAACGUCUUCUGCGCCAGCUGCUGUGACCAGAAGAUCCCCGUGCCAAGCCAGCAGCUGUUCGAGCCCAGCCGAGUCUGCAAGACCUGCUACAGCAGCCUUCAUCUCAGCUCGCCCCCCCUGGACCUGGAGCUGGAGAAGCCCAUCACAGCCAGCUCCAACUAGCGGGGUGGAGGGCGGACUGUACCACCAGCUGCUGACACAGACACUUCUGAAGAUACACAGAAUGUCCCUUUUUAUUUUGUGUGCGUGCUGCAGGGAUGAAUCGGCGAAGUGUUGAAUGGUAGGUGUGCACAGGGAAGUGUGUGAAGGACGUUUCCACACGGGCUUUGUGUCGGGGACGGGAUCGCAAUCUGAGGAAAGACGAGCGAGAAUGGACACCCGGGCAGAGCAGAGCGGGCCGUCUCACUUCGCUCGCCCAAAGUCUCAGUGGUGCAAAUUCUGUCAAUUUACAUUUAUCGGAACCUUUCACAAAGUUAAAUUUUCAAGCCUCAGAAAUGAAUCUUGAAUAUCGUUGAUUAUACUUUUAUUCCAGACACUUUUCAAAAAUAUGCUUUUCACAAACUCCACCGCAGCUCCAUGCUGUGAGCAGCAGCUCCUUCAUGUCAGGUUUUUUUUUUAAAUGUUUUUUUUCCGGCUCGUCAUUAUUGAUUCCUGAAGUCCAGGCUUGUUUUGUGAUUCUUGACAGCAGUGAGCUGGUGAAACUCCUGCGUUAAAUCUUACAGCAGCUUCAGACAGAAGCCCGGGUGCCGCCCCGGCCGUGACCAGCUGACAGCUGCUGUUAUUGCUCGUCUGCAGAGCGUGAACUGAUGAGCUGUCAGUUUCUGCCGGACUGCAGAGGCGCUACAGUUACUUCCUUUAACCCUUCUAUCCGUUCUCCACGUUCAGCCUGGUAAUGAGUUUUAUUUCUUAUUUUUUACUCCUCUAGUUCAGGGGUCUCCAAACUACAGCCCUACGCCGCCAAAUUUGGCCCGCCCCCCCACACACUAUCAGAGACGCAUCAUUGUUUUAUUCCUCAUUCUGCUGAUCAAGACCCACAUAGAACGUGACUUUAUUCCACCCUUCUGCAGAGUGAACUAUGACAGGAGAGCGUAGAAUAUUUCUUGGUUUAAUAGUAUGAAUGCUGUAAAGCAUUCAUACUGAAGGUCAUUCACUUUUUAUUGAUUUCUUUAUUCUUUUUAUUUUUCUUCUGUACAUUUUUUGGACGUCCAUAGCUCUUCAGCUCUUUCAGGUAUU